CAGCCAGCACGGUCACGGACACACUGGCGAGCCGGUGUACCGGCAGCAGCAUAGUCAGAGUCAGGAGACCGGGGACGCUCCGGCUCCAGACACAGACACAGCCUUUCACCUCCAACCCGCAGCCUCUCCUUCAUUGGGCAAUCUCAACCAAUUGCAACAUUCUCACCAUAACCUCUGCACACGUUGUCAUUGCGAAUACUUUAAAGAGGGUUAAGGAGCAGUUAGGGUUUUGCAAUAGCUGUACAGAGAGGCUGUGCGGGGACUGAAGCUGUUUAAAAUUUUCAGUUUCAGGACUAUGGCUCGGGACCUCCACUCUUUCUGGGAGUGGGGCAGGAAGAUAGUCUGCGUCGGCAGGAAUUACGCCGAACACGCUCGGGAGUUGGGGAACCCUGUGCCCGGAGCCGAGCCGCUGCUCUUCCUGAAGCCGGUCAGUGCCUACCUAAGGCCGGGCUUUGCAAUCCGGCCACCCCGCUACAGCCGCCGGCUACAGCCCGAGGUAGAGCUGGGGUUGGUCCUGGCCAAGGGCGGCAGCUGUAUCCCGCAGGAAGAAGCUAUGGGCUACCUGGGAGGCUACGCGCUUUGCUUGGACAUGACGGCCCGGGACACACAAGAGGAGUGCAAGAGGAAAGGUCACCCCUGGACUCUGGCCAAAGGCUUCGACUGCUCCUGUCCAGUGAGCGACUUCAUCCCCAAGGACAGGAUCCCUGAGCCACACCGUCUGACUCUUUGGCUCAAGGUGAAUGGACAGCUCAGGCAGCAAGGACAAACCUCCCAGAUGAUAUUCCCCAUCCCCUUUCUCAUCAGUUACAUCAGUGGGAUUAUGAAACUGGAAGAAGGGGACCUGAUCCUCACGGGGACACCUGCAGGAGUGUCUGAUAUCCAGGAACAUGAUGAGUUGCAAGCUGGCAUCGACGACCUGAUCACCAUGAAGUUCAAAGUGGAAAGCGAUUAAUGUCAUUCCAAAAGUAAUUAUAUUAUUGUUUUCUGUACAGUGGCGUGCAAUUAUGUCUGCCGACUGCUGAAUAACAAAUUUCUUGAGAUUUCUAGUGGGACAAGUACAUUUCUAUUUGGCUCAAUUUCUCUGGACCAUAAACAAUUUAAAAUGUAACCUGAUAUUAAAUAAUUCCCUAUAUUACCAGUGACUACAUAACCAGUGCCACAACUAAAAUUAUUUUUAAUCAACCUGAUCAUGGAUGUUAUGACACACCACUGUUAGGCAGGAGAUGAAUGCAGACCAUUCUAAGAUCACAAGAGCACCCACCAUAGAUCUGAACUGAUAUUGCUGUGUGCAACAUGGCUGCCUAUUGUAAUAGUACUUUUAAAAAAAAAUUUAGUACUUUUGGAUCUCUUGAGAAUAGUUAUUACAAUUUAAAUGUAACUUCCUUCAUCUUUUAUGAUCAGUUGCAACAAACUUGGACUUUAUUCUGAAGUUAUGCAAUUCAAAAUUAUCUUUCUUGUCCUAACUUGUGAAAAG